AUAGGGCAGCGCAGUGUAACGUUUGCGCCGCAAUCUGGAAGAAAUCCAGAUUUGGCAGAACCACAGCUAUUUGCAGAGCUAGCUAGCCUCUGCUACAAAUUCAAUUCCAAACGUGGCCACUCGUCUGUUCAGAAAUCUUGACCACCCUGCAUGGGUUCCAUCAGAAGUGCUCUCAUUUGUCAUCAACUUGGGCGCUCUCUGUUCAUCGAAUUGGUUAAGCUGCCAGCUUCUGCGCACAGGGCGAGCUUGUUGCUGCUUUUCCAUUUGAAAGUUCUUUUUUUGCACACCAAUAUGUGAAUAAAGUGCGGCAGACUUCCAAGCGCCGUUUCAAAUCGGAAAUGUGGGCUGUCGCUUAGGAUCUGGAGGAGUAUUGACAGGCUCCUUCGUUGGUGCUCUUCUCCUUUUGUCAUACUUCUGACAACUUACAUUUGUGUGGUGGUUCUUCCAACUUGGUCGCCAAACAUUCAAAAGCGUCCACAUUGGCGCCCCCUUACUUGUGAGUUGGCAUUGCUUUUGAUACACUGGAUGGAGACCUCAGCUGCAGCCUUGCACUAUGGCCGUCUCUCCGCUGCAUUCAGUGGUGCAGCCGCAGGCGAUUGUAGGCGCUGUCAAAGAAGCAUUCGUGAUAGACUGCUUCCUGCAACCCCGUUCGCAAGCCCCCUCAGUGAGUCAUUCCAAACGCACACCACUGUAGCAGACCACAAACGAGGUCUUUCUAGCAGCCAGAAGUUCGGGACCGCCAGGAGGCGAUCCGUCGGUGGCAAAGCACGGGCACAGUUGGAGGCGUUUGGUGAUGAAGUUGGGCCGAAUGUUGUGCCUGCCCCUCCCCCGACAACCGGCCGUGUUGAGAUCCGCAUCAACAAUGAAAUCAUGCAGAUUCUGGACCUCACUCCUGCUGAUGAAGUCUUGAAGCCGUUCUUGGGUGGGCCUGGCGGGCCCUCAGAAGGGGUCGAGGAACUGAUGAAGCGAACCGUGGGUUUCCAAAUAGACUACCAGCCAGCGAACCCUCUAGACCCUCGCGAAUUGUCUGAGUACCCCGACAUCCGGCUGUGGUUCGUUCGGCUAGAUGCAGAGUACCCCUGGCUACCGGUGGUCCUAGAUUGGAAGGCUGGAGAAUGGGCUCGGUACGCAGCCAUGCUUGUCCCUCAUCAGAUGACGAAACGGGAGGGCCUCGUCUUCAACCCCGAGGCGUUGGAGCUUUUUGUGAUGAACAAGAUGUUCCAUGGUUACAAGUGGAUGAAGGACAACGGCCUCAGCCGACCAGAUCUGAAGUGUCGAGACAUGCUGAAAAUGCUGGGAUUCAAGGUUGAGUCGCUCAUGUUUGACAUUCUCGAGGGGACUGCAGACCCGAAAGUCUUGGCAGAACGUAGAAAAGACGACGAUUUGCAAGUAGGAGGCGGAUCGGACUUCCCCCCACCCCCUCCUCCUCCAAGGGGUUCGAGUGGUGACUAUGUUCCGUUCUAGCUCGAAAUAUUUGAAAAUUUUGAAGUCUUGUCGCUUGCGCACGAGGCUUAUAUGGAUCUCCGUUGGCGUUUAGAUCUCCUCAGAGCAAUUAAGGUAGACUCUUGGACCUGGGCCUGAUUGCAGUAGAGCAUGUAAGACUCUAGCUCGAAGAAAUGGUGUACGUAUGGCGCGCGGCCAUGCAAACGAGUCCAGACGGCCAUGAGAACAUCUUAGGUGCCGCGUGACCAGGGGCGCAGUCCACCUCAGUGUAUCGCGAUUUUGCAGCA